CAGCAUUGGAUUUUCUACGUUUAUAUAUCAAGUCGCACCGGCUCUGGAAUUCUCCGAUAAGAUCCGGCCAAGAUUCCAGAUAAAUGGAACCCUACAUAAACCCAGUUUAUUAAGUCAAUCAAUUUAUCAAUUAUUAACCACUUUGACUUGGCUUAAAUCCGGAACUCUCCACAAUAACAACAACAAGGGAAUGAAGCACUAACUUCCGACGACAUCCGUCGUCCGGGCGAAGCAUGAUCGGAGGUCAAUACAUGGUGGAUAUCUAGAUAGAUAUUUCCCUUUUUUUCUUCCCUCUUUCUAUCCUUCAUCAUGAAGGCUAUUCGAGCCCCUCGCGCGGUGUCGGCCAGCAUUGUUAGGCCCCACCACACAUUACCGCCAUCCAGUCCGAUUAGCUAUUUGGCAAAGAGAAGAGGCGUCGUUGGGGGUCAUGUACAGACGCCAUUGUGUAGCACAUGGCGCGGGAUCUCGCUCUCCCGAUCAUACAGCAUAAGUCAUAAAGCAAAGCCCCCACCCUUCGCUUUUGCUUUUGACAUCGAUGGUGUACUCCUACACGUCGCCAAGCCGAUUCCCGGUGCCACGCGCACGUUGGAGUUUCUCCAGCGGCACAAUAUCCCGUUUAUCCUACUCACCAACGGCGGCGGGAAGCAUGAAACUGACCGCGUGGCGGAUCUAAGCGAUAAGCUCGGUGUUCAACUUACCACGGAUAACUUCAUUCAAUCACAUACACCGUUCCAGGAACUCGUGCACCGUUUCCCGGAUGACGCUGAAGACGAGGGGGGACUGCGCGAUAAGAACAUCCUCGUAACCGGUUCCGACGCAGCGCGCUGCCGCGCCAUCGCCGAGCGCUACGGUUUCCGACACGUUAUCACACCCGCCGAUAUCCUAGUCGCACAGCCCACGAUCUGGCCUUUCGACCCCUUAAUGCAGGAACUCUACGCUUCUACCGCGCGUCCCUUGCCUUCUCCAAACCCAGUCAUAUCCGCCAUUUUCGUGUUCAAUGAUCCGAGGGAUUGGGCUUUGGAUAUACAGAUCAUCACUGAUUUGCUACUCUCACGUGGUGGUGAAUUAGGGACUUAUUCUAGUAGGAAUGGAAGAGCGGACUUGGAGAACUGUGGGUGGCAGGGUGAUGGGCAGCCGCCGUUGUUUUUUAGUAAUCCGGAUUUGUUUUGGAGUGCGGCGUAUCAUUUACCACGAUUCGGUCAAGGUGCCUUCCAAGCAGCAAUCGCAGGUAUAUGGGCCGAAAUCACCGGUGGUACAACAGAGCUUCAACGCACAGCGAUUGGGAAGCCGCAUGCAAGGACUUACAGCUUUGCGGAACGAGUGCUGAACUCACACCGCGCGAAAGUAUUAGGGGUUGAUUCGAAGGGGUUGGAGCCACUAGGCCGUGUGUAUAUGGUAGGGGAUAACCCAGCGAGCGAUAUUCGCGGCGCGAAUGACUAUAAAAGUCCCGUUGGCACGCCAUGGGACUCGAUAUUGGUGAGGACAGGAGUUUGGAGUCCUGAGAGGGGAGGGGAUCCGAAGUAUAAGCCUAAGACGAUUAUGGAUGAUGUCCAAGCAGCGGUGCAGUGGGCGUUGGAGAAGGAGGGGUGGGAUGGUAAGGGGCUAAAGGGUUAAUUACGAUGUCAAAGUGCCUUGAGAAGAUAAUGUUACCCAGGUAUGAUUUACCUCUCGUAGUACUGUGAAGCAGUCUUGAGGUAGUUUACGUACAGUCCAGAACAGCGGUAUAGUUCAUGCACAUUAUGUAAUAUGCGAAUACAUUUACCAAAUUCGAGGCAUCGUAGUCCUCAGUUUCA